UCAUACGUGCGUGCCGCAGCCGCCGCUCGCCAGGGAAGCAGGUAGGGUGUCAUGGCGAGCUCUGCUGCCUCCUCUGUGCGACCGCCGAGGCCCAAGAAAGAGCCGCAAGCGCUCGUCAUCCCCAAGAAUGCGGCGGAGGAGCAGAAGCUCAAGCUGGAGCGGCUCAUGAAGAACCCGGACAAAGCAGUUCCAAUUCCAGAAAAAAUGACUGAAUGGGCACCUCGACCUCCACCAGAAUUUGUCCGAGAUGUAAUGGGUUCAAGCGCAGGGGCCGGCAGUGGAGAGUUCCAUGUGUACAGGCAUCUGCGCCGGAGAGAGUACCAGCGACAGGACUACAUGGAUGCCAUGGCUGAGAAGCAAAAGUUGGAUGCAGAGUUUCAGAAGAGACUGGAAAGGAAUAAAAUUGCUGCAGAGGAGCAAACUGCAAAGCGUCGAAAAAAGCGCCAGAAGUUAAAAGAGAAGAAAUUAUUGGCAAAGAAGAUGAAACUUGAACAGAAGACACAAGAAGAAGGAUCCAGUCAGUCCCAGGAGCAGCCGUCCAGUAGCUCUGAGGAGGCGUCAGGAGCAGAGGAGGAGGAUGACGAGCCCAGCUUCAUCAUGGGGCGAUGACGAUGUUUGCCACAGCGGCUCUCUGGACCCUGGCCCACUCUGUGACCAGGACCUCAGAAAACCCUCCAAACGACCCAAGGGGAAGGGGGGCUGUUUCAACUCAGUUUCCCUCCCAAGCCCUCGCUGGAUAGAAGCAAGUGAGAACCCAUCCUGACUGCUCACAGCCCCCCUGGCGGCAGGACUCGGAGCCUACGGGAGAGAGACGACAGUCUCCUGGACGCUCAAGGGCACUGCAAAGCAGAGUUCAUUCACGUUCCCGCCAAAAGGGGAAAAUGUAGCCUUCUGCCCCUGGUGCCUGUGCUUGUAUUUGGACAGUGAUAAGUUUUGGGCUGGUUUCUGUGAAGGGCAUGUUUAUUUAGUAAAGAACAGAAAAAGUUUAGGUUUGGUUCA